ACAAGGUUUCCAAGGCAAACAAUUUAUUGCAGUCAUGUCGGGUAAAGAAGUUCAAAGACUUGAAAUUUAUGGACUGUUGAACGACGUCAACUUCCAGAGAGCUAGAUUUUGUGCAGAGGAUUUGAUAAAGAAAAGUCCUAAAAUUUUCCAAGAUGCAGUCAUACAGGGAAUGCUGGAAUUUGAAUGGGAUCUUUUCAUUGAUGCCAAGAAAAAAGCAUUACGCGGUGAGACCUGGACGUUUGAGGAGAAGGCGAUCUGUUUCAGUAACGGUAUGCUCAUAGGAGGUGGGGGGCCCGACGAUUUCGUCAUCUGGGCCGAGGACAACUUUAAUUUUGAAGAGUUCCGCCCCCUUCCUCUUUAUGAAACUCUGAUGGAAGAAGCUUAUCUCACACAUCUCAGCUCUAAAAACCAUGAUUAUGUUUACCUAGAUGUUUCUAUUGGAGAAGAACCAGCCGGGAGAUUAGUUAUCGAGUUAUUCUCCGACAUUGUUCCACGGACGUGUGAGAAUUUUAAGGCCCUGUGUACAGGAGAGAAAGGAAAAUCAGAGUCCGACUACACACUACAUUAUCUCAACACACUGUUCCACAGAAUUGUCAGGAAGGGGUGGAUCCAAGGGGGUGACAUUUACCACGGAAGGGGAAAUGGUGGGGAGUCUAUAUUUGGAUACGUUUUUGAAGACGAGAACUUCGCCGUGCCCCACUCUAGGCGUGGUAUGGUAGGAAUGGCCAACAAAGGGCGUCACACAAACGGCUCCCAGUUCUACAUCACGCUAGAACCCACUCAAUGGAUGGAUACCAAAUAUGUAGCUUUUGGGCAAGUAAUUGAAGGCACACAAACUCUUAAGAAAAUGGAGGAACAAGAGACGAUGAAUGAGCGGCCAAGGAAAGAUGUCAAGAUCACGGACUGUGGGGUCCUUCAAUUUCAGUUCUGAGGUGUAACAUCUGACGUCACUGUUGUUAACAUCUGACAGUAUUAUAGAGACAUUCAGGGGCAGUCAACCUGUGUCUGUUUCCUUCUGUGAUAUACCGUUUUCGUUGUUUCAUCAUCACUUAUUUUAUUUGUAUACAUGUAUCAUUUUACAAUUUUUCAUCGAUUAAAUCAU